AUGAGUGCCGGAUCAUUUGCAAUCGGUAAUGAGAAACGUCGUGUUGCUCAUCGAACCACCGCCUCGUCGGUGGAUCUGAUUCGUGAACUUGCCUUCAAACGACAGUCGCUCAGUAAAAUGGUCAAUCAAAUGUCGUCAAAGAAAACUGAUAAGAGUACAAAGAAAGAGAAUCGUUUCCUCAAUGGUGUCAAAGCACAUAAAAAGCAUAAUACGGCAUCGUAUAGUCGCAAGAAGAUUUCAUCAGAUGACGAAGAUGAGGAUGACUUGGCUCUGAACGGCGAUGACUACGAUUCAAAAGAUGAACUGAAAUUGUCAGAUGAUGAGGAGAAACCGCAAAGAAAUGGCAGCAAACGCUCUCCCUUACCCCCCGCACCCGUUCCGACAUCCUCUACGUUACCAUCAGUUUCCAGUGAACCAUCAUUUGAACAGAGGCAAAUGAUUUCUCUUUGA